AUGGAUCCCGAUGUUCAAAUUCCCACUGUUGGAAUGACUUUUCAUUCCAAAAAGGAACUUCAUGAAUAUUAUAAUUCUUAUGCCCAAUCAAAGGGUUUUGGCAUACCUAAUCUAGGAGAAAGGAAUAGUCCAGAUGGAAAGAAAAAGUGGUUCUCCAUUGCUUAUGUCAAAAAUGGUGUUGUUAUGAUUAUUAGUGUCUUCUAUGAGCAUAACCAUAUUUUGAGCCCGGGAAAGUCUAGACAUUUUAGAUCUCACAAAGUUCUAGAUCCAAUGGCAAACAGAAUAUUGGAUUUAAACGAUGAAGCUGGAAAUACUUUGUCAAAAGUAUUUCAAUCACUUGUAGUUAAAGGUGGUGGAUAUGAUAAUCUGCAUUUUAAUGAGAGAAGUUGUAAAAACUAUAUUUUAGAACCUAGGUGGUUGAAGUUAGGAAAUGGUGAUGCCGAAGCACUUUGUCAGUAUUUCUACAAAAUGCAAAGUAGUUGUUUAAUUUUUUAUGUUUAUGAUGUGGAUGAGGAAAAUCAGAUAAGAAAUGUGUUUUGGGCUGAUGGAAGAUGUAGGGCUUCUUAUGAGUACUUUUCGGAUGUCAUCACCUUUGACACAACAUAUUUGUCAAACGCUAUGAUAUGCCUUUUUCUCUUUUUGUCAGGGUUAAUCAUCAUGGACAAUCGAUUUUUCUAUGAUGUGGCUUACUGUCUAGUGAGAAUUUAG